ACGAACGAACUUAUCCAAGUGAGUGAGUACGUACCUGAAAAGAAAAACAAUUUCCAUUUGUCGUUUAGAAAACUUACUUGUGAUCCAAACAUGGCCUUCUCCUGUUCUUCGUCCCCCUCCACAUUAAACAGAGUCACGCCAUUUCGCGCUUCCAAUCCGCGUUGUCCAACAGUCUUUUGCAAGCUCAGCAGGAUGGCGGCGACGGCGGUCGAUAAGGAACUUGAGAAGAUGGCGGAGGCGCUGCAGCGGCCUGACUCGUUCGGACGAUUCGGGAAGUUUGGCGGCAAGUAUGUCCCCGAGACACUGAUGUAUGCUCUGACGGAGCUCGAGGCCGCUUUCAAAUCCCUUGCCACUGACCAUGAGUUUCAGAAAGAGCUAGAUGGAAUAUUGAGAGACUAUGUGGGAAGAGAAAUCCCACUUUACUUUGCUGAACGACUCACGGAUCACUAUAAACGCCCUGAUGGGAAAGGGCCACACAUAUACCUUAAAAGGGAAGACCUUAAUCAUACUGGCGCUCACAAAAUCAACAAUGCUGUUGCCCAAGCUUUGCUUGCAAAGCGUCUUGGUAAGCAGCGUAUCAUUGCUGAAACUGGAGCUGGUCAGCAUGGUGUUGCCACAGCUACCGUUUGUGCUCGUUUUGGUUUGCAAUGUGUUAUCUAUAUGGGUGCUCAAGAUAUGGAGAGACAAGCACUUAAUGUCUUCAGAAUGCGGCUUCUUGGUGCCGAGGUAAGAGCAGUUCAUUCAGGAACUGCAACAUUGAAGGAUGCAACAUCUGAAGCUAUACGCGAUUGGGUAACUAAUGUGGAAUCUACUCAUUACAUACUUGGAUCUGUUGCCGGGCCACAUCCGUAUCCUAUGAUGGUAAGGGAAUUUCAUGCUGUGAUUGGCAAAGAAACCAGAAAACAGGCCUUGGAAAAAUGGGGUGGCAAACCUGAUGUGCUUGUUGCAUGUGUUGGUGGAGGUUCAAAUGCCAUGGGGCUUUUUCAUGAAUUUGUUGAUGACAAAGACGUUAGAUUGAUUGGCGUUGAGGCUGCUGGUUUUGGCUUAGACAGUGGAAAGCAUGCUGCCACUUUGACUAAAGGAGAGAUUGGAGUUCUCCAUGGAGCUAUGAGCUACUUGUUGCAAGAUGAAGAUGGCCAAAUAGUUGAGCCACAUUCUAUAAGUGCUGGCCUGGACUACCCUGGAGUUGGACCAGAGCAUAGCUUUCUGAAAGAUAUUGGACGGGCUGAAUAUUAUAGCAUCACUGACGAGGAGGCUUUAGAAGCUUUUAAGAGAUUAUCUAGGCUAGAGGGCAUUAUACCAGCACUGGAGACAUCUCAUGCCCUAGCUUAUCUGGAGAAGCUUUGUCCCACUCUUCCAGAUGGAACUAAGGUUGUCUUGAACUGCAGUGGUAGAGGAGAUAAAGACGUUCAGACAGCAAUCAAACAUUUGGAGCUUUAACAAACGCUAUUCUGGAAAUGGUUUACAUGAACUUCAACACAAUUUUUUUUAGGGAAAUUAGUUGCAUGCAUCUUCCCUUCCGGAGGUCUUUUUGCUGUCAGUUGUAUGAAUGAUGUCAUUGUAACUUGAACAAAGAAUACUUUACCAGAAAUCCUAGAAACACAUUCCAGUUUUCUCAUA